GUAUCUGUGAAUAUUAGCUAAUGAGCUAUAUAUAAACUCAAACGACUCAGUAAUUUAGUAAAUGUACUUAGUUUUUUUCAGAUGUUGAGAAAAGUAACAUCUUUGAUGCUGCUCAUUAUUCUGAUGUAAUUGAUGAAGAUAGUGCAGAGCAUGUGGAUAGUGACUUUGAGGAGCAACAAUCUCAAGAUUCAUAUACAGAUGGGGAAACUGAGGAUGAACUUUCAGCAAAUCAAACAUCAAGUGAAGAAGACAGUGAUACCGAUGAUUCUGAUGGAAAAUGGUACUUAUAAACUUUCUAUGUUACCACAUGCUAUAUAGAAAUCAUCAUUGAUGUAUGAUUAGGAUUGUUUCUGUUGCAGUGUUUAUGCAGCAAAUGAUGGAGAUUUAAGGAAGCAACCAAAGAACCAAAGUACAUUGUUUUUCUUUCACAACUAAUGAAACUGUUUGAUGUUUGCCCAUCCUGUAAAGUGCCUGAUGUCCUUGUGGAAAUGAAAGAAUUUGGAACCAUGAUUCAAGUAGAGACAACUUGCAACAAUGUCCAAUGCAAACAACGCAGUAACAUUUGGGGUAGCCAACCCAACAUUAGGAUUGCUAUGUCAACACUUCCUGCAGGAAACCUACUUCUUUCGUUUGGAAUUUAGAGUGGAGGUGGAUCUGCCAGCAAAACUUUAAAAAUAUUCCAGCACAUGGGAUUGCGGUGCAUGUCAUUGCGAUCUUUUUUCCGACAUCAAAAUACCAAGCUGUUUCCAAGCAUUCAUUUAUAUUGGAAAAAGUACAAAGACUCUUUGAACACAAAUUUAAGGAAAAUCCAAGACAUAGUUCUUGCUGGUGAUGGCCGCCAUGACAGUAUGGGCCAUUGUGCCAAAUACUGUGCAUACAGCAUAUUCUGUUGUAAUGGUGACAUAAAUAAAACUGUAGAUUUUUGUUUAGUGCAGAGAAAUGAAGCUGGUAACAGCCCAGCAAUGGAGUAUCUAGCUUUCACAAAGGCACUGGAGAGGCUUUUAAAAGAUGGCUUGAAUGCGACAACUUUUAUUUCGGAUCGUCACACAUCUAUUUCAAAACACAUGAAGGAGAAGCUUCCUAAAAUUACCCACUACUUUGACUUGUGGCACUUGGUAAAAAGUAAGUAAUAACUGUGUUUAGUGUUCUAUGUGAUUGGCUUAGCUUUAAAA